AUGGCGCUCCAGCUGGCGACCCUCGCGGACGAGACUCGCGCCGCGGACAUCCGCGUCCUCGGCGUGACUAAGAGUGUGCACUGGGCCAGGUACUUCGUCCUCGCCACCGCGUUCAACCGACCGCAGAUGCAGGCGGUCGCGAACAAGAUGCGCGACCACGUCAACGAGAACUACGGCACCCAGCUCUCCAAGGCGACCACGUCCCAGCAGCAGCAAGGGGACUGGGUUUGCCUGGAUGCGGGUGACAUCGUGGCGCACAUCUUCACCCCGCAGAGCAGGCAGUUCUACGACAUCGAGACGCUGUACAAGGGUGCGAUGGACGUGCCGCUCCCCUUCGAGACGGAGAGGCCCUCGGACCAGAUGGAGGAGGAGGACGACGACGAGUUCGAGGUGAUCUUCGACGACGGGCUCGCCAACUCGCCCUUCGCGGACGGGAACUUCGAUUAG